GGUCCAUCUCCCCGGGAUAGGGAUGAGACCCUCCCAUCCAGCGAAGAAAAAUAUGAUGGUCACACGGCAAUCCCACGGAUCCGCUUCUGGUGGCCGAUCAGAUUGCUUGCUCUACAUCUGGUUUAGGCCCAUUAACCACAUCGUGGGAAGCAGGGACCAUGUAUCUAUCUGUACCUGGAAUGGUGGUUAAUAUUUUCCUCAUCCAAACCUCCUGGAAAGUAAGGUAUGGUUGUGGUUUCGAUGGGCUUGGGUAUGUGGCCCCUGGUUUAACAUCUAUGCGCUGACUCGUAUACGCAUGGUAUUGUGGUUGGUUAUGUCCGAGACUUCUAUCAGAUAUUGAUUUGUUUCAAGUGCAUGAAACGACUUGCCUCGAUCCGUAUCGCUAUACUUCUUAGUGAUACCCAUGGGGAUGGGGAUGUUAGCGACCGCGGAAUUGGCACGAACUGCAAAUUUCAAAAACCAUCCUCACCACAACUAAACGAUCCAGCAAUUGGCCAAUAGGAUUGCGUGGACCUGUGAUAAGCUUGCUGUCGCAAAGUAAGUACUUAGUAGUACUGCAGAUACAGGAAAAAGGAUCACACUCCACGUAUAGACUGAGGUGAAAUGCAUAGUAACAACCUAGACAGAAAGUAGAUACUAUGCCACCGUCUCAACUGAAAAGGCCCUAUCUCCAAUGUAGGUGAUGCAUACAUAACACCCCUACAUGCU